AUGGCGUCGUCAGAUAUACCUAUUGCCAUUGUUGGCAUGGCGUGCAGAUUUUCCGGUGAUGCUACCGGACCCGAGAAGCUCUGGGAUAUGCUUGCCAACGGUCGCUGUGGAUGGUCAGAAAUAUCCGAAACUAGGUUCGCGACCAAAGGCCUGUAUCAUCCGAACGGAGAGAGGAUCGGUUCGACGAAUGUUCGAGGCGGACAUUUCCUGAAAGAGGAUCCCGCGGUAUUCGAUGCGCCAUUCUUCAACCUAUCCGCCGAGGUUGCCAGUACUCUAGACCCACAGUAUAGGCUUACUCUCGAGAUCGUCUAUGAAGCAAUGGAAAGCGCGGGUAUAACCUUGUCGGAUUUCCAGGGUUCAGAUACAUCUGUGUACGCCGGGUGCAUGGUUCGCGAUUACCAUGAUACCUUGGCUCGAGAUCCUGAUACGCUGCCGCGAUACUUCAUGACUGGCAACGCGGCAACCAUGGCCUCCAACCGUGUGUCGCAUUUUUACGACCUUCACGGCCCUAGUAUGACGAUCGAUACCGGCUGCUCUACCACCUUGACUGCUUUGCACUUGGCAUGUCAAAAUCUUCGAGCAAGAGAAUCCGGCGCGUCAGUGGUCACCGGCGCCAGCCUGAUGUUGAACCCGGACGUUUUCGUGUCCAUGUCAAGCAUCGGGUUUCUCUCUCCGGACGGAAUCUCCUAUGCCUUCGACCACAGAGCAAACGGGUACGGCCGCGGCGAAGGCGUAGCCGCCAUCAUACUAAAGCGGCUUGAUGACGCGAUUGCUGCUGGUGAUCCCAUCCGGGCAAUCAUCCGCGGCACGGCCCUGAACCAAGACGGAAAGACCCCGACAAUCACGACACCUAGCCAAGAGGCCCAGGAAGAGCUCAUGCGCACCUGUUACAGACAAGCAGGUGUUGAUCCGGCGGAGACUGGUUAUGUGGAGGCCCACGGCACCGGCACACCCACCGGGGACCCCAUCGAACUGCGAGCUAUCUCCAACGUAAUUGGUGCAGCGAGUCGUGCCAAUGACAGGAGUCAACCGUUAUUAGUAGGCUCGGUGAAAACGGCAAUUGGGCAUACUGAAGCUGCAAGUGGCCUUGCGAGUAUCAUCAAGGUCGUUUUGGGUCUCGAGAAGGGACUAGUCCCUCCGAACUGCAAUUUCAAGCGCCAGAAUGAGAAGUUGGAUCUCUCGGGGUGGAACGUCACGGUAGGUCAAAAUACACCUCCCUCCAGCCCCUCCAGCGUGUGUAUUGCCACUGACUUGUCUAGAUUCCCACAACCGCUUGUGCCAUGGCCCUUGAAGGGAAGCGUACGCCGAGCUUCCAUCAACAACUUUGGGUUUGGAGGUGCGAAUGCCCCUGUUAUUAUUGAAGAGUACCGACCAGAGCCAACUCAACCGUCUACAUUGACGAUAAAUCACGACCCCAUUCCAGGAGCGAAUGGUGCUGGGAAGAGUAUCACAAUCUCCAAUACGACCAACGGAAAGAAUGGUACCUCUCAGGAUACUAGCAGGGUAUUUGCCCUGAGGGCUAGAGAUGAAGAGUCGUCAUACACCCUUGGAGAGCGUCGUUCGGUAUUCCCCUGGGUGGCAGCGUAUUCUGCCAGUUGCGUACCAAGCCUGGCCGCCGCUCUAGCAUGCGACAAAUUCGCGCCCGUCCGCACCCCUCCCCAGCCUCGGCUAGGCUUUGUAUUCAAUGGACAGGGUGCUCAGUCGUAUUCUAUGGGCCGAGAGCUGAUACACAGCUACCCGGUAUUCAAAACAAGCCUCGAGGCUCUAGACGGUUAUAUCAAGGAAAUGGGUGCCAGAUGGUCGUUGAUGGAGGAGCUCUGUCGAGACGAGGACACAACCAACGUCCGGAACCUCGAAUAUAGCUUGCCGCUGUGCUGCGCAAUCCAAAUUGCCCUCGUGGAUUUGCUUCGCUCCUGGGGUGUGCAUCCAACAGCCGUUACCGGCCAUUCCAGUGGCGAAGUGGCCGCUGCAUACGCUGCUGGGGCUCUCGAUGCCCGGUCCGCGAUAGCUAUUCCGUAUCUUCGAGGCGCUCUCUCGGCCGAAACGGAAAACAUCAUUGGAAAGGGCGGAAUGAUGGCCAUCGGCCUAGGUCGUGAAAAGUCUGAAGCGUAUAUUUCCCGUGUCCGAGAUGGUAAAGUGGGGGUGGCGUGCGUGAACAGCCAGAACAGAGUCACCGCCUCCGGAGACAUCUCGGCCAUUGCGGAACUGGAAGAUCUCCUCGCCAUGGACGAGGUGUUUUGCAGACGGUUGCGCAACCACUUGGCGGAUCUCCAAAGACUCGCAACGCCCGAGUACUGGAACGAUAACAUGCUUGGAGUCGUUGAAUUUGCGGCAUCGUUCCGGAACAUGUGUAUCUCCGGCCAGUCUGCGGAUCGAUCUGGGUCUUCUCAAAACGUCGAUGUGGCCAUCGAACUGGGUCCACAUGGCUCAUUAGGGGGUCCCAUCCAAGAUCUCCUAACGCUUCCAGAGCUCAAUGGCAGCAAAAUAUCGUACCUCAACUGCCUGGUACGCAAGAAAAAUGCGAUCGAGACUAUGCAAACGCUAGUCUGUGAGCUUCUUCGCAAGGGGUAUCCUGUCGACCUCAAGGCCGUCAACUUCCCUGGCCUUAGUCGUGACGUUCGUGUUCUCCACGACCUACCAGAAUACCCAUGGAAUCAUACUACUCGCUUUUGGCAUGAGCCACGAGUCAACAAGGCUUGGCGACAGCGAAAUGAUCCGCCGCAUGACAUUCUCGGGACCUAUCAGUCCAGUGCAAACUCUUCUACGCCGACAUGGCGAAAUAUCCUGAGAACUUCUGACCUCCCCUGGCUCCGCGACCAUGUCGUGGGAUCCAAUAUCAUUUUCCCCGGUGCCGGCUACGUAUGCAUGGCCAUCGAGGCAGCAUCAAUGCUAACAAGGCGCAAGUGUCCUGGCCGUGAAAUCAUUGGCUACAAUCUCCGCGACGUCCAAUUUGUCAAUGCUCUGGUAAUUCCCGACGUUGAAGGUCAAGAGGUCCAGCUUACAAUGUCCCAGUGCAGCGAAAGCUCCCUGGGUACUAGCGGUUGGCAAGAGUUUCGAGUUUACUCCGUCACUGGCGACAACAUCUGGUCGGAACACUGCCACGGUUCCAUCCGAGUUCAGUUCACCACUGGCAACGACACGGACAGCGAUCUUAUAGAUGAUCUAAAGUUCACAACCACCAAGAGGGAUACCAAGUCUACAACAUACAUUCGACGGGUCGAUCCAGAAGAUGUGUGGGCGGCGCUUCGAUCCGUUGGGAUCCGCCACGGGCCAGCAUUCCAGAAUAUGAGCACAGUGGUAUCUAACCGAAAGGAAAGUGUCGUCACUUUCUCCGUUGCCGGAGCCUCAUCGCCAUCGUCUGGGAAGCUACAAACGACCGAGUGUCUCGUUCACCCUACAACCCUAGACUCGGUCUUCCAGGCUGCGUAUACUGUGCUUCCCGGGUUAGGAACCAACCUCGACUCACCGUUCGUCCCUAGAUCGAUCAAGCGCUUGUGCUUGAGGCAGGACAUCAAGAAUGAUUCCGGCCACCAGUUCGAAACGCACCUGCAUAAAGGGCCCCAAAGCUCACAGUCCUUCCAGACUAACUUAGCUGUUUUUGACGGUGACGAUCCUUCUUCGGAUGCGGUGCUGGAAAUCCAGGGUCUCGCGUACCAAAGCCUGGACGGUGCCGGUAACGCACCGAAACAUGGAGAAGCGUCUAACAUCUGCAGCACCAUUCGUUGGGGCCAGGACUUGUCUUUCUCAAAGUCGAGGCAUGCCCUCGAUCAUCUGAAGUAUCCGACUGAUGAUCUAGAGAUAGCUACGAUGAUGAAGCUGCGGCGAGCAGUAGUGUAUUAUAUCCAGGAUGCCAUCAGGUCCUUAACUGACGAGGACGCCCAGAAUCUCGAAUGGCAUCAUGCCAAGCAUUACGAAUGGAUGAAAACCCAAUUGGCGCUGGCCUCGAAAAAUAACCUGGGGUCGGAAAGCUCGAACGUCAAUGGCGAAAUGAUCCAACGAAUUGGGCCUCGCAUCCUGCCACUAUUGAGACGAGAAAUCACGCCACUUGAGCUAAUGCUCGAGGGCGGCCUUCUAUAUCGCUAUUACCUCCGUGCCCUCAAGUGGGAUCGUUCAACUCGUCAGAUUGCUGAGCUGGUCAAAACUGUCGCGCACAAGCACCCCCGGGCGAAGAUCUUGGAGAUCGGAGGAGGCACAGGCGGCGGCACCCAGGCCAUCCUCGACGCCCUCGGACGUGAUGGCGAUGAUGAGGGAGCUCUCUUCGGUCAAUACGACUUCACUGACGUGUCCCCGGGAUUCUUCGAAGCUGCCCGCAAACGCUUCGAGCCCUGGAAGGACCUCAUGACAUUCCGGAAGCUGGACAUCGAGAACGAUCCGGCGCAGCAAGGAUUUGAUUGUGGCUCAUAUGACAUUAUUGUCGCGUGUCAAGUGCUCCAUGCGACGAGGUCUAUGGAUAAUACGAUGGGCAAUGUUCGUCGUCUGCUGAAACCUGGAGGAAAGUUUGUCCUCAUCGAGACAACCCAAGACUCGUUGGAUGUUUUCCUGGCAUUUGGAUUUCUCCCAGGCUGGUGGCUAAGUGAGGAAGAAGAGCGCAAGACUUCACCGUCACUCACUGUUCUCUUCUGGGACAAAGUGCUCCGCCGGACUGGCUUUACAGGAUUAGAUUAUGAGCUUCGCGAUUGCGAGGACAAAGAAUUUUACAGCUUCAGCGUGAUGAUGUCCACUGCGAAACCCAACCCUCCGAUCUACCAUCACAAUGUGGUCCUUGUCUGCGCAUCCGAUUCCCCACCGCUAGACUGGCUGCAUAGCAUCCAGGCUGAACUGUCUACCGUAAUCGGCACUCCGCCGGAGAUCAAGACGCUGAAUUCUGUUUGCGCCCAGGGAAAGACCUGCAUUUACCUGGGUGACCUGAACAAGGUUAUUCUAGCUGACAUGGAUGCGGAUCAGUUUGCUGCUGUGAAGGAAAUGGCCACCGCCUGUGAGGGUCUUCUCUGGGUUACAAGAGGUGGUUCCAUAGAGUCUGAGGAACCGGAGGCAAGUAUAAGCCAUGGAUUGCUGAGAACUUUGAGGCAUGAAUAUCGUGGGAAACGGUAUGUAACGCUCGAUGUCUCCCCACAGCGGUCGCCAUGGACCCCCGAGACUGCAGCAGCCAUCUGCGACGUUCUUUCUGCUGCAUUUGAUUCGAGCUCCGAGAGUCUUACGCGAGAUUGGGAGUACUGUGAACGGCAGGGUUUUAUUCACGUCCCGCGACUCUUCACAAGCAAGACCCCCAACGACUACGUUGGACGAAGCGACACUGUGUUUUUGGAGCCAACGAUAGAACCCUUGAGUACGCUAGACAGUCCAGUUCGGCUACGUCGUGGGGUUCUCGGAGGCCAAGAUACUCCCCUUUUCAUUGAGGAGGUCAGCCGACGCCCUGAUGAUGAGUUACCUCCUGGCUACCUCGAAGUUAGCCCGAAGGCAUUCGGGCUGAACACACACGAUCCGGUUGCUACCGGCAUCCUUGACCCUUUGGAAGGAGGAGCUAGUUUGGAAGCAUCCGAGUGCUCAGGGGUCAUCACCUGCCUCAGCAGCGAGGCCGCUAACCGGGGUUUCAAUGUCGGGGACCGGGUGUGCUGUUUACUCUUCGACGGCUGGACCUCUCGCUCUCGGGUGCAUUGGUCAAGCGCUGCUAAAAUUCCCGAUGACAUGACAUUUGAAGUUGCGGCAACCCUACCUGCCUCCUUAGUGGCUGCCUAUAUAUCUCUGCUCGAAGUGGCGAAGCUUGACAAGGGAGAAGCGGUCUUGAUUCAUUCAGCGGGAAGCGAGCUCGGACAAUCUGCUAUAAAGCUCUGCUGUUGGAUCGGGGCCGAUAUUUAUGCCAUUGUUGACACCAAGCGAACGUGUCAACUUCUCAUGGAAACCCUACAGAUUCCAGAGAGUAACAUCUUGUCGAGUCGGCACGUUUCCUUCUCUUCGGCCAUCAUGGAAAAGACUAACGGCAAAGGCGUCGAUGUUGUGCUGAAUUCUCUGCCUGGCCCGGACAUCCAGGAGAGUUUCGACUGCUUGGGAGACUUCGGGCGGUUCAUCGAACUGGGCAAGGCGGAUUUGGGAUACCACAAUCAGCUUUCCAAGGCUACUUUCCGCCCCAAUACGGCGUUCAACGCUGUUGACUUGGUGGCUUGGGCAUCGAGACGGCCAGAGAUUGUAUGCCGGGCACUUAACGAAGUUGUCCGUCUAGCGCACGAAAAGUUCGUUGCAGUGACAGAGUCAAUUACGACGUACCCAAUCUCCUGCCUUGCUGAAGCUCUCAGCUCCAUGCAAACAGGUCAGCAUCGCGGCAAGGUCGUGAUUACCGUCGGCGACUCUGACUUGGUCUCACUCAGGGGAGAUGUAUCAUACCUCAUAGUUGGUGGUAUGGGCGGUAUCGGAAGGUCAUUCUGCGAAUGGAUGGUCGAACGUGGCGCGAAGAAUCUCAUCAUCAUGUCGCGGAACGCGUCCAUGGACAACUUUCUCGCUGAGUUACAAUGUAACGCGCGUGCAGUGGCAUGCGAUGUCUCGGAUGAGACGCAGCUUGCCAGGGCGCUGGCUAGUUGCGCAGACAUGCCCCCCAUUCGGGGCGUAUUCCAAGCUGCCAUGGUCCUGCAAGAUUCUGUGUUUGAACAAAUGACACUCGACGGCUUCAAAGCUGUUGUGGCACCCAAAAUACUCGGAAGCAGAAACCUGCAUCGGCAGUUCCCCGACGUGGACUUCUUUGUCAUGUUCUCAUCCAUCCUUGGCGUUACCGGAUCUCCGGGUCAGGCCAACUAUACUGCUGGCGGAGCUUACCAAGAUUCCCUUGCUCGUUUUCGAAGAGCAAGAGGUCUACAUGCAGUAUGCAUCGAUCUGAGCAUGGUUCAAUCUGUUGGCUACGUCGCGGGCGACCACCGCAUCUCCAAUCGUUUAUCACAGAACGGGAUCACAAUGCUGCAGGAGGAAGAAGUACACCGCAUCCUAGAUCAUGCACUCCUGCACCCACACAACGAACAAAUUGUCACGGGUAUUAAGCCUAGGUCGAGUGGCGCUGAUGGGCACGAUGGAGGCUGGCUUCAAGACAGCCGCUUCGACGCCCUUCGAUGCCGAGAGUCUUCUCAUCAAGCCGCGGCCACGCCCGUCGAGAAAGACGCCAAACUUCGCGGUCUCCUUUCUAGUGAGAUGAGCUUUGGCGAAGCCUCGUCGUCCAUCCUCGGCGGACUAUCAAAGGAAAUCAUGAACAUGUUCGGCACAGAGGAGGUUGACGUGUCCAAGGAUCUUACUGCGCACGGUGUUGACUCGCUUGUUGCAGUGGAAAUUCGAAAUUGGCUCGUAGCGCAAACUGGAGUUGAAUUGUCUAUCUUAGAUCUGAUCCAGAGCAAGUCGUUGACGGAGCUGGCAGAACUCGUGGCGGUUCAGCUUGCGUACCGGGCAGAGGGAAGAGACGUGGUCGUGAACGGGUUAAAGGACGGGGUUCAUACAUGA